AUGAAGGAGAUUAGGUCAUUCCUAGGACAUGCAGGGUUCUAUAGGCGUUUCAUCAAGGACUUUUCAAAGAUAUCAAGGCCCCUAUGUCGGUUGCUUGGCAAAGAUGUGGAAUUCGAGUUUAAUGAAGAGUGCUUGGUUGCAUUUAACAAGCUUAAGGAGCUCUUGACGUCUGCCCUUAUCAUGUAG